AUGCACAAACGCAUUUUCGAUUUCACCCGACUUCAAAAGGAUGUAUUGAGAAACGGGACGGUGGACGGGCCCUAUCUGGUUGGAACGGGAAAAGAGGAUUCCUCUGAUUUCGGAAGGAUUCAUCUCUGGCAAGGAGAACCCUCGCACUACAAGAAGCCUUGGGGUUCGGACGAAUGCAAUGCCAUCAAUGGCACUGACGGCACUGUCUUCCCUCCGCUCAUCAACAAGGAAACCCUUCUUUACACUUUUAUACCCGAAUUAUGCAGAUCCGUGCACUUGAAAUACGAGAAGGAAGUUGAUCUCGGAGGCAUUCCAGGAUUUCGCUUCGUUCUUCACCCCGACUCUGUUUCAUCUGCGGAUGUUCGUCCGGAGAACAAAUGCUUCUGCGUCGACGAAUGCCUUGGAGCUGGACUCCUCGACGUUACGAAUUGUUAUAACGGAAAGCAGUUUAUCAUGUCCUCUCCUCAUUUCUACGUACCGGAAGAAGCUGGAGACACUGGAUACAAUGAAUCCCUCAUCAGUGGACUAGAACCACUCAAGGAUUUGCACGAAACCUUCUUUGACAUCGAACCGAGAACUGGAUCCCUCCUUCGAGCCAGGAAGAGGCUGCAGACGAAUGUUAAAGUGCGACCAUUCGAAGGGUACAACACAUUCAAGAACAUUCCUAAAAUGGAAAUACCUGUUUUCUGGGUCGAGGAGAUCACCGAUGACCAGACGAUGGAGCGGCGGCUCAGACCCGUGGUCGACGUAGGCGACAAUUUUUCGAUGGGAGCGCGAAUCGGGAUCGCUUGCGGAGUCUUGGCUCUCUCCUUCCUCAUUUCCAUCGCUUGCUGGUGUUGCAAGCAAAGGAGGCGCGAGAGGCGACAGGCGGCAGUUCAGAGGCAGUGAGAAAAUUCUUCGCCGCCUUCCUUCGAUGUCCUGUAUAUUUGUAUCGAGGCAUGUACGGGGCAAAACAUAAUCCAAUAUUUCUAUAUUUCUGUAAUGAUUUUAUGAUUCUUCCUGGGAUUUCCUGUCAUUUAUCUGCUGCGAA